AUGGCAAAUAAUCGAAAUUCAGUGCUGCAAAAAAGUCGAAAAUUAGUCGUCGUUGGUGAUGGCAUGUCUGGUAAAACAUGUCUUCUAUUUGCAUUCAAAGACGAUGAAUUUAAUACGGACCAUAUACCAACUGUUUUCGACACAUAUGUUGCUGAGAUUGAAGUCGAUGGAAAUACUAUUGAUUUAGCUUUAUUCGAUACUGCUGGUCAAGAAGAUUUUGAUCGUCUUCGCCCACUUUCAUAUCCUGAUACGAACGUUAUACUUAUGUGUUUCGGUGUUGAUAAUACAGUAUCGGCAGAAAGUGUUGCUGAAAGAUGGAUUCCAGAAGUACGGCAUUUCUGUGGUGGAUGUCCUAUAAUAUUGGUAGCUUGUAAAAUAGAUUUGAGAACAGAUUCUCGCACUAUUUCGGCGUUGAGAGCGAAAAACCAAAAGCCGGUGACAAUUGAAGAUGGAAAACGAUUAGCUGCACAAAUUAAAGCAGAUGCUUAUAUGGAAUGCUCAGCCAAAACUCGCGAAGGUGUACAUGAUUUAUUUAUUCUUGCAGCUCGAUUAGCGUUGAAGAAACGGAGUAAUAAAAAACACCGUAGAUGUCUUAUAGUUUGA